AUGGGUGCCUCACAAUCGACGUCGCAGGGGGAUUCAGGAUCCAACUCAACCGCCACUAAAACGUGCUAUUACGAACUCAUUGGCGUUGACCGUGACGCCAGCGAGAUAGACAUCAAGAAAGCCUAUAGAAAAAGGGCACUGGAGCUCCAUCCAGAUAGAAACUUCGGAGAUGCUGCAGCUGCGACGCAGAAAUUUGCCGAGCUGCAGUCUGCGUAUGAAAUUUUGUCAGAUCCCCAUGAACGAGCGUGGUAUGAUUCCCAUCGAGAUGCUAUUCUUGGUGGUCAAGACAUCACAGGGGACGGGACGGAGCCGACCUCGUUCAGAAAUGUUCGCAUAACAUCAGCAGAGGAGAUCAUGAGCCUCAUCCGGAAAUUUAAUUCAAGCGUUCCGUUCAACGAUGAUCCCGUUGGUUUCUUCACUAUUGCUAGAGAGACAUUCGAGCACUUGGCUUUGGAGGAAGAAGUAGCCGCAGAACAGGAGAACGUCGAUGCCGCCUAUUACACCACAUUUGGUCAGGCAGAAGAUUCCUACGACGAGAUUGUAAAGCCCUUCUACGCUUCCUGGGCAGGUUUUGCGACAAAAAAGACAUUCGCAUGGAAGGACAAGUACCGACUAUCAGAUGCACCGGACAGGCACACCCGAAGAUUGAUGGACAAGGCGAACAGAAAGCUGCGCGAAGACGCGGCUCGCGAAUUCAAUGAUGCAGUCCGGUUUCUCGUAACGUUUGUCCGGAAAAGGGACUCGCGAUACAUCCCCAAUACUCAGACAGAAGCGCAACGACAAGAAGCAGCACGCGUAGCCGCCUCCGCGCAAGCUGCACGAGAUCGUGCCGCAAAUCAGGAGCGCAUGGCAAGCUUUAAGCUACCCGACUGGGCCACGUCACGAGAAAGCCACUCUGGCGAAGAAGAAUUUUCCUUGUCAGAAGUUGAGUCUGAGGUGGAAAUAUUGGAGUGCGUCGUCUGUGAUAAAAACUUCAGGAGUGAGAAGCAGCUCGAAGCUCACGAGCGCAGUAAGAAGCACUUGAAGGCUGCGCAGCAAUUACGAUGGCAGAUGAGGAAAGAGGGCGUUGAAUUACAGCUGAAUGAGAACUCUCCGCAACUUGGCGAUACAGAAGCUCCUUUACAGGACGGUGACUCCUCGCCUGCUUUAGCCAGCCCGGAGCAAGCAGGCACGCCCUCUCCAAUUUCGAGUCACGCUGAUGGCGAUAUCGAUGGCGAGUCACUCCAGUCAGCUUCUUCCCCGGCGGAGGAUGAUGACUACGCGCCCAGGGAAACGAUUGUGAACCGUAUAUUAAAUAGCCAGCCAGGCGAUGCCGCUGCCCCCGAGCCACUACAUGAGCGCGGCAUUGACGACCUAUCAGCCACUACUUCCGCCAUGGACAUUGGAUUGGGAGACCGUCCAAGGAAAAUCAGAAAGGCAAAAGCGAAACGCGAAAGGAAGGCCGCGGCUGCACAAGCUAAUACAGCCUCCAAUCACCCCUGUACUGUCUGUAAGGAGGAGUUUGAUUCUCGCACAAAACUCUUCGCCCAUAUCCGUACCGAAGGUCAUGCGGCUACUCCUCGAAGCGAAGCAGCCAAGACUAGGAAGAAGAAGAACAGGUAG